CUCCCAGCACGAAGAAGGCUAACCAAACACAACCUCAAGCUAACUGUAACAACGAGUUGCCACCGAUUUGCGAUACUUGACAUUAUCAGAAAACGAAACCCAAGCCCGAGGUACUCGGUUGACGCUACCGCUACAAGCGGGCCAUGCAGCUCCCCAAAAGGUAAUGAGCCGGAAAGCCUCGAGGUCUCGGCUCAGCGGUGCCCACAAACUGCAGCCACACCGGAAUGACUGGCAGCCCAGAGUUGACGGUGUGUCAUUCCUCGAGGACGCAGUGAGGUCCAGCGAGCUUGGCUCGGCAGCGUUUUCCGACACCUCGCCCUCCAGCUUGGCUGAGCAGCCAGCGGCGCCCAGCGAUGCCUAUGCUGCUGCGGAUGCACUCCAUGAAGAGGGUGGAUAUGAAGCUGGCCAGGGUGUCUGCGAUACUACUUUUGGUUGGAAGUCGCUGGGGCAAGAGUUGAGGCCAAAUGACGUGACGGCGGAUUUAAACUCGUUUCAGCAUGGAAACCGUGCUUUCGCUUCAAAGGACAUGAGGAAAUCGCAGGACAGAGGGAUGGCUCACUCGGAUGAGUCUCGCUUGGCCAACCUCCUGCGCCGAGUCUCAAGGGAGGACGAUCGCGAUCGCAGGUUGACCACCCUCAAGCAGUUGAAGGAAUUCAUCAGUCACAGCGACAACAAAGCGAACUUGGUCAAACAGUUGGACACCAUCCUCAGCACCUUGAAUGAUAUUUUGAACGAGAGUAGUAAGCUGCUGUGGGAGUUGCGUCAGGACGCGGCGGCCUGCUUGGGUCUGCUCUGCAGCGUGCUCAGCUACGAGGCGGAGCGUAUCUUCAAGUGGCUCUUCCUCAAGUUGACCUCAAGCACUCACGACGAGGUGAAGCUGUUGUACCUGUUAGCCACGCAGCGGGCCCUGGAGGCCGCGGGGGAGCGCAAGACUUUCACUCAAGUCAUGCAGCUGGUGAUGAGCAAUCUCCAGUCCAUCUUGGAGAACGUGGACACUCCAGAGCUGCUCUGUCAAAGUGUGAAGUGUAUUCUUCAGGUGGCUCGCUGCUACCCACAUGUCUUCAGCACCAAUUUCAGGGACACGGUGGAUAUCUUGGUGGGCUGGCACAUUGACCACACUCAGAAGCACUCGCUCACUCAGCAGGUGUCAGCCUGGCUCCAGAGUCUGGAGCAAUUUUGGGUGGCAGAUUUGACUUUUUCCACCACUCUGCUAGGGCAGUUCUUGGAGGACAUGGAAGCAUAUGCAGAGGAUCUGAGCCACGUCGUGUCGGGGGAAGCGCCGGAAGAAGACAUCCCGCCUCCUGCGGUGUCUCUGCCAAAGCUGGCGGCUCUUUUGAGGGUGUUCAGCACAGUCGUUCGCAGCAUCGGAGAGCUUUUCAGCCCCAUCAGAGGACCACCCAUCACGGAAGUUUAUGUCACUGAUAUUCUUAACCGGGUCCUGGCCUGCGUGACCACAGCCAAGCGGGUCCAGUUCUCCGAGGCAGUUCUGACUGCGGGGAACGAGUGCGUGGGCGUGUUGUUGGCCAGCAUGGAGCCCUGCGGACAACUUCUGGAGACGGUCUUGGCCUACGGCUUGGACCAAUUAGACUGCUGCCGCGCUUGUGGUUCGGACUACAACCUGGCAGUACUCAGCCUUCUCACUCUGAUUGUGGAACAGAUCAACACAAAGCUGCCCGCGUCCUUCGUGGAGAAAUUGCUGGCGCCGGAUUCGCAGCUGCUGGAAUUGCGUUUCCACCGCGAGAAAGAGGUGGUGUCGGCUGUACACGGAGUGUACCAGGCACUCCUGAGUCUGAAAAAUAUCCCAACCCUGGAGGCAGCUUACAAAUUGGUAUUGGGGGAGAUGGCAUGCGCCCUGUGCAGUAUUCUGGCUACCCUGGAACCGACGAGUGGGCCCCAAGCACCCGACAGCUCCCGCCUCGGCAUCCGGCACCCUGCUUUCGCUUCGGUCACCUUCAACCCGGAGAAGGCGCAGUUCAUCCUCAUUUUCAAUCUCAGCACUCUCACCACCAUUGGGAACACCAAGAACUCGCUCAUCGGGAUGUGGGCCUUGUCUCCUACCGUCUUUGCCCUUCUGAGUCACACGCUGAUGCUGGUGCACUCGGAGUUAGCCGUCUACUACCCGGCCGUCCAGUACGCUGUGCUCUACACGCUCUAUUCCCACUGCACCAGACACGAUCAUUUCAUCUCCUCCAGCUUGUCUUCAUCUUCCCCGUCCCUGUUUGACGGCGCCGUCAUCAGCACCGUCACGACGGCCACAAAGAAACAUUUCAGCACUCUCCUCAACCUCCUGGGAGGCCUGCUGGCCAAGGAACAUCUCUGCCUUGAAGCCAGGAAAUUGCUGCUGACGUGGGCUCAAGAGAUCUCGCUGCUGAUGAAGAAGUCCGACACCUACAGCCCUCUCUUCUCCUUGCCUUCCUUCAACAAGUUUUGCCGCGGCCUGCUGUCCAAUGCCCUGAAUGAAGAUCAGAAUAUCUGCCUUCAGACCUGUAACAGCCUACUCAUCCUCUCUUCAUCUCUUUCUGUGGAGCUUCUGCAGAGGUGUGCGGAUGUGUGCAGAGUCCAGUUGGUCCACUCAGCGGUGAAGGUCAGGCAGGCCUACGGCAAACUGCUUCGGACGAUCCCCCUGGAUGUUUCUUUAAGUAACCACGGCCACCCAGAGAUGACUCGGAUCUCCUUGGCCAUCCGCCACCACAUGAGCCGGGCGCCAAGCGGCACUUUGCACCCCCAGGACUUUGGUGACCUCAUCAGCUUCGUCUUAUACGGAGCGCUGCACCGCGGAGGCAAGGAUCCGUGGCUGGAACGACUUUAUUACAGCUGCCAGCGACUCGAGAAGCGGGAUGGGCGAGGCGGGGCCGAUGGCGCGCGUCCCGGCGCGGUGCCCGGGGCUCUGUUAAAAACGGAAGUGGUGCUGUGGCAGUGGGCGGUGUGGGAAGCCGCCCAGUUCACCGUGCUGUCCAAACUGCGAACUCCCCUCGGGCGAGCUCAAGACACCUUCCAGACCAUUGAAGGUAUGAUCCGCAGCCUGGCUGCCCACAGCCUGAACCCGGAGCAGGACGUCGGAGCGUGGGCUGCCGCUGGAAGUGACGGGGAUGGUCACCAUUCAAAUCAGCUGCGCAUCACGCUACUGCUUCAGUAUCUCGAGAACCUGGAGAAGCUCAUGUAUAACGCUUAUGAAGGCUGCGCCAAUGCUCUCACCGCCCCACCAAAGGGUAUCAGGACCUUCUUCUACACCAACCGUCAGACUUGCCAAGACUGGCUGACGAGGAUCCGCCUUUCGCUGAUGAGGGUUGGCCUCCUGUCUGGCCAACCGGCAGUGACCGUUCGCCACGGCUUUGACCUUCUUGCUGAGAUUAAGAACAGCAGCAGCAACCAGGGUCCCGAAUUAGACGUUCCUCUAACAUUAUUGGCAGAAGCGCUUUGUGAGCUGCGUUGUCCCGAUGCUAUCCACGGACUUGCUGCCUGGAGCCUCUCGAACACCGGCAAGAGUCUCAGCUGGUUGUCGUCCGUUGCCUUACAAGCAGAGGGACGGUUUGAGAAAGCAGCUCUAGACUAUCAAGAUCAGCUGUCUGCGGUUUCUGGGAUGGACUGCAGCAUCAGAAGUUCUGACCGUUAUCUGCUCAAACUCUCCAGUAGUACCAGCAGCCCCAAACAUACAAGCAACGGCGAUAGCAGGAAAACCGUGCUGCUGAAGUCAAACGAUUGCUCUCCUGAGGUGGUCAACCUGGUGGCCAACAAAGCGUGUCAGUGCUAUGUGGCACUUUGCGAUUGGUCCUCGGUCAAGGAAUGGCAGGCCACCGUUCACGCCCUGAAACAGAACUCGCCCAAUCUGGUCCACAUCAACCUGAGGGCCGAUUUCAACUACAUUCAGGCCCUGAGCUGCUUUGAGGACGGAGAUUUGACCGAAUGUGGUACUCAACUGGAACUUCUGCCUGGAGAAGACUUCAGCUCCAUCUCCAGUAGCAAGGACAAGAUGGAUCUGAAGAGGCUUCUGCCCUCAUUGAGUCCCGAUCCGGCGGAACUUCAGAGAGCCAUUGAGGUACAGCUCCUGCGUACCGCCGUUAGCGCCCUAGCGAAAGCCGGCGAGCCGCCGGAGCAAAGGGGCCCAGCCAAUCAAGAUACAUUGGUGCGCUGCCUGAAACAAACCGGACGGAUCUGCCUGGGUCCUCUUCGUCUGUCAACCCUGACCCUCUCCGAUGCCUUGCCCACCCUUCCCACUUUGCAGCUUCACUGCACCGCUACUCUCGAGAGCACGCUUUCGGGACAAGAGGACUCGGUGGUUCCUUUGAACAGCGAGGCGCUGAGUUCGUGUAAACAACAAGAUGUCCAGCCUUUCCUUCAAGCCCUCAGAUACACCAUGUUUCAGAGACAACUCCUCAACAAACUCAGAGGUUCUUCUCCAACCACAGAUGCACACCUGAUGGAACUUUGUUUGACAACUGUAAAGUUUGCUCGAAAAAAGGGCAAUGUUGCCCUGGCGUCCCGCUUGCUCAGUCAGUGUUGCGAUGGAACCCAAGAGGAGGAGCAGGGCGAGGAACUGAUAACGGCCUUCCGGCGCCUCAGUGUGGAAGGCACGCUGGGAGAGAAGUGGGGGCCGGAGCUGCAGAUGGAGAAAGCCAAAGUUGUGAGGACUUCAGGCCAGUCCAUUGCAGCAAUGGAAAUGCUGAGCAAGGCUGCUCUUUCAUAUUGCUACGUGGGAAAAAAUGAAGGCGCCGCCUGUCGCUCGCUGCUCACGCUCUGCAAAUGGCUGCUGGCUGACUGGAAGGACAUGAUUCCCCAGCUGAAACAGGUCGUAAAGAUGUCGGGGGCAGUAAAUUCUUCCAACGCUCUGAGCAACACGUCACCUUUGUGUCAGAACAUUUCCGCUCUGCUGGAGCUUCCUCUCGUAGAGCAGAGCAUUCCCCACAUCACCACCGAGACCUCAGUGAGCGUUGGUGUCGGGGAGCCAGACUUUGUCCUUGGCCAACUCUACCAGCUCUCCACCAGCCUCGCCCCCGAAGUGGCAAAAUCCUGGGCAGCUUUGGCCAGCUGGGCCUACCGCUGGGGUCGGAAGGUCGUUGACAAUGCCAGCCAAGGUGAGGGAUUGCCUCUUCUUUCUGGAGAAAAGAAGGAUAUCGAGGAGCUCCUACCUGCCACUACGAGCAAAGAAGACAAGGAAACCAUUUUUAGCAUUCUUGGUCAAGCCACGUGUCGACCAACUGGCAUACAGGACGAGGACAUGGCACUCCAGCAGGAAGAUGACGAGGACGACAUGGUGGAUGUGAUAUGGCGACAGCUGACCGCGUCUUGCCCCUGGCUGGCGGAGGCGGGCCAACCCGUUGCGGACGGUUUAAUUCGGAUUUGGAGACGUGUGGUCGACCGAAUAUUUGGCCUCUACCGGAUCUCCUGCCAGGCCUAUUUCACGUUCUUGAAACUCAAUGCGGGCCAGCUGCCGAUUGACGAGGACGACCCCAAACUCCUGCUGUCCUGUCUGAACAGCAAGCAGAGUAAUGAUGACAUGAUCGUCAUGGCAACCCUUCGUCUCCUCCGUCUGUUGGUCAAGCAUGCCGGGGAACUCAGAGAGGGGCUUGAGCUCGGUUUAGCCUCCACGCCGACGGCACCCUGGAGGGGCAUCACGCCGCAGCUCUUUUCACGCCUCAAUCAUCCCGAAGCGUACAUACGACAAAGUAUAUGUAGCUUGCUGUGCCGAGUGGCCCAGGACUCGCCGCAUCUCAUCCUUUACCCCGCCAUUGUGGGCUCACUCUCCCUCGGAGGGGAGGCUCAGAAUUCAGGGAGCAAACUGCCGUCAGCUCUGCCGACGUUUUUGGGGAGCAUCCAAGGAGAAAGCCUUGGCGGGGAGGAGGAGCAGCCGGGGAGUGGUGACAAAGGCGACCUUCCAGAAGAGCUUUCUGCAUUCUGCUCCAGUCAAGACCAAGCCAUGAUGCAGGAUUGUUACAGCAAGAUCGUGGAAAAGCUGUCUUUAGCAAACCCCACCAUGGUGCUUCAGGUCCAGCAGUUAGUCGGUGAGCUCCGCAGGGUAACGUUGCUGUGGGAUGAGUUGUGGCUGGGCGUGCUGCAACAGCAGCACAUGCACGUUCUGCGUAGGAUCCAACAACUGGAGGACGAGGUGAAGAGGGUUCAGAAUAAUAACACGCUCCGAAGGGAUGAGAAGAUCGCAAUCAUGCGCGAGAAGCAUUCCGCUUUGAUGCGGCCCGUGGUUUUUGCCCUGGAACACGUCUGCAGCAUCACGUCGGCCCCGGCGGAGACGCCGCACGAGACCUGGUUCCAGCAGACGUACGGCGAUGCCAUCGCUUCUGCCCUGGAGCGAUUGAGGAACCCCCACAACCCCGCCAACCCCGCCAGCAGCUGGCUCCCGUUCAAACAGAUUAUGUUAAGCCUGCAGCAGCGUGCGCAGAAACGAGCCAGCUAUCUUCUCCACCUGGAUGAGAUCAGUCCGCACCUGGCGUCUCUGACCGUGACAGAAAUGGCCCUGCCGGGCGAGGUGUCGGCUUCGGACGCCGUCACCAUUCAGAGCAUGGGCAAAUCCAUCACCAUUCUGCCCACCAAGACAAAGCCAAAGAAGCUCUUCUUCCAGGGCUCUGAUGGUCACAACUACCCGUACCUUUUUAAAGGUCUGGAGGAUUUGCAUUUGGAUGAGCGCAUCAUGCAGUUCCUAUCAAUCGUAAACACCAUGUUCACCAAAAUUAACCAGCAAGAGCAGCCUCGUUUCCAUGCGCGCCAUUAUUCGGUCACGCCGCUUGGAACCCGAUCGGGACUGAUCCAGUGGGUUGAUGGAGCCACGCCCCUCUUUGGCCUCUACAAGCGCUGGCAGCAGAGGGAGGCUGUGCUGCAGGCUCAGAAGGCCCAAGACUCCUUCCAGCAGCAGCCGGUGCCUCUUGUGCCCCGCCCAAGUGAGCUGUAUUACAGUCACAUCGGUCCUGCCCUCAAAGCAGUCGGGCUCAGUCUGGACGUAACGCGGCGAGAUUGGCCCCUCGCCGUGAUGAAGGAGGUGCUGAAGGAAUUGAUGGAGGCCACGCCUUCCAAUUUACUGGCCAAGGAAUUGUGGUGCUCAUGUACCACUCCCAGCGAAUGGUGGAGGGUCACGCAGUCUUACGCCAGAUCCACCGCUGUCAUGUCAAUGGUGGGAUACAUCAUUGGCCUUGGGGACAGACACCUUGACAAUGUUCUCAUUGACAUGACCACCGGAGAAGUCGUGCACAUCGAUUACAACGUGUGUUUUGAAAAAGGAAAGAGUCUUCGGGUGCCGGAGAAGGUCCCCUUCAGGAUGACGCACAAUAUUGAGAGUGCGCUGGGAGUUACCGGGGUGGAGGGCAUCUUCAGGCUUUCUUGCGAACAGGUUAUUCAGAUGAUGCGCCGAGGCAGAGAGACCCUCCUGACCCUGCUGGAAGCCUUUGUCUACGAUCCCCUGGUGGACUGGACGGCCGGGGGGGAGGUGGGCUUUGCGGGUGCCGUGUAUGGAGGAGGAGGCCAGCAGGCUGACAGCAAACAGAGUAAGAGGGAGAUGGAGAGAGAAAUCACACGCUCGCUCUACUCCUCCCGAGUGGCGGAGAUUAAGGUCAACUGGUUUAAGAACCGAGAUGAAAUGCUGGCCGUCCUGCCGCAAGUGGAAGAAGCUGUGGAAGAAUACUUGGUUCUCCAGGAUCUGCUUUGCCAGGGAGAGAAACUCCAGGCCAAGUUGCAGGAGGAGUUGGCCUUCCUCCAAGCGGCACAGAACCAUCCGGAGCAUCGACUUGUCACUCUGGAGCAGAGGUACUCUGAGCACAUCCAGUUCCAGUCCCGGCAGAGGACUGUGCAAGAGGCCAUCCAAAGUAAGCUGGCUGACCUGGAUCAAUGGAUUUCCCAGUACCAGGCGGCCUUUUCCAAUCUGGAGACGACUCAGCUGGCUGCUCUGCUGCAGGACAUCAGUAGCACCAUUGAUUUGGGUCCUCCCAGCUACGUGCCGGCGACGGCCUUCUUGCAGAAUGCGGGCCAAGCUCAUCUGAUCAGCCAGUGUGAGAGCCUGGAGGCAGAGAUGAGCUCCUUGCUGCAGCAGCGCCGCGGCGCCCUUCGGAUCUGCUUGGAGCAGCUGCACAGCUACGCCACGGUGGCUUUGCUCUACCCGCGAGCCAACCUGCUGCGCCACCGAACCCACCAGUGGAAGGCCUGGUUGGAGGAAAUGCUCAGAGUCAUGACGGUCGAGCACUGCCAGCAUAUCUACAGGCAAUACGAGGUCCUGUUCACCCCUCCGACCAACGCGGCCGGUUGCCAGUUCACGUCCAACGUGGAGCUGGCGCUGCAGCGCCAAGUGGCCGAGGCCAACGAGCGCGUGAUGCAUCAAGCCGAGCGACUGAAAGCGGAAGGCACCACGGCAGCGGCGUGCGAGGAGCAGCUGAAGGAAAUCGAGCAUUGCAUCGCGGGCUUUCUGCGGGAAAACGGCGAGGCGGGCUCACUCGGCCUCGCCGGGAUCAUCACCUCUGCCCUCUGCUCGCUCUGCAGGCGCAAUCUGGUGAUGGAGAGCGCGGCGGCCAGUGCCGGAGAGCAGCUGGUGGACCUCAUGUCCCGGGAUGGAGCCUGGUUCUUGGAGGAGCUCUGCAGCAUGAUGGGCAACGUCAGCGCCUUGGCGACGCUGUCGCAACGCUGCCCGCUGCUGCCUAACGACCUGGAGCUGCCGUCGCCCGCCGCCACCGUUCAGGCCGUUUAUCUGGCCAAUUCGGUCUACACCUGCUUACAGGAAUUGAACACCAACUUCCGCCAGAUCAUCUUUCCCGAGGCUCUGCGCUGUAUGGUGAAGGGAGAGCCCACGCUGGAGUCCAUGCUGGCAGAAUUGGAGCAGCUCGUGGAGCAGAGCUCCGACGGCCUUGGCUUGCAGGGCUUGCUUGACACUCUGUUGGCCACCACGGCGUUGGACCAGGACGGACACAACCAAUGUCUGGACAUCGCCAGGAUGUUGCGCGCCCAGUACUCUGAGCUCAUCCAGCCACGCUGCGUGGAUGGAACCGGCCCGGACUCGCCCAAAAUGUCUGCCGGUCAAAUGCUCCUGGUGGCCUUUGAUGGAAUGUUCACGCAGUUGGAGACGGCCUUUGGACAGCUCACUGACAAGCUCAGUUCACUGGAAGUGCCGUCGGCGUGGAGGAAGGUGGACGUCCUGAGGGAAGCCCGCGCCGCGCAGCUGCACUUCUUUGACAGCCCGACUCAGCGGCAACUGAUGGACGAGGUUUUCUUCCUCAAGAGACUCCAAACCAUCCGAGAUUUCUUCCGAAUGUGCUCCUGCUUUGCUCAGACUCUGUCCGGGCCCCCUCCGGAUGAGCUGAUGACCUCCAACGGACCGGUCGGGCUAGGAAAGCCGUUGUACCGCCAGCCUAACGCCGGCGGCUCGGGCGGGGCGAUCAUCGGCGAGGAACAAAUGACCCGCCCCGUCAAGGCUUUUACCGCCGAAUUUGUUUGGCAAAUGCUGAUGGGUCUGCCCAGCCAAGCUCUCGGGCUGGCCCUCUGCAGCUCCAUGUCCGCUCUCGGGCUGGAUGUCGUCGCACAAGUCGAGGCCAAAGAUUUUGGGGCGGAAAGCAAGGUGUCUUUGGACGAACUUUGCAAGAAGGCGGCAGAGCAGAGCCUGGCAUCGGGCCGCGUCUCCCAGCUGCUGCUAAACCGAGCCACGGUGCUGGCCGCUUCUUACGACACGGCCUGGAAGAAGUUGGACCUGUUGCGAAGGUUGGACGGCAACCUGGACGCCGCAAAGGCCAGCCUGCAGAGGAUUCAGCUGCAUGUCGCCAUGUUUCAGUGGCAGCAUGAAGACAUCUUGGGUCCCAAUAAUCAAACGCUCAGCGUCAACAUUCCCCCCCGCGCCGUCAUUCUCGGCAACAUGAAGAAGAAGCUGUACAAGCUGAGUCAGGAUGAAGGCGCCAUUGUCGCAAUUCAGGAGAAGCUUUCCUCACUGGAGGCGAGCAUUGAGCAGCGGCUGAAAUGGGCCGGCGGCGCCAACCCGACGCUGGCCCCGGUCCUUCAGGACUUUGAGAUGACCAUCAGGGAGAGACGCGCCACGGUGGCCAGAGAGAACCAGCGCGCCAGCCAGGUGACCUUCCUGUGCUCCACCAUCCUGAACUUCGAAGGCCUUCGCACCCGAUCGGCGGAGGCGCACAACAUGGACGCCGCCCUGUUUGAGCUGCUGAAGCGCUGCCAGCAGACCUGCUCCUACGCCGCCCAGUUUAGUAGCACCGUGUCCACGCUGGAGCUGGAACUCUUGCAAAGACUGAAUCCGGCGCCGGACCUUGCGAUCGGCAGCCCCGAAUGGUUGACGUGCGCUCAGAGACGCCUGGAGGAGGAGCUUAGCACGGAGCGGCGGACGCAGGAGGAGCGCGAGCAGCAGCUGGAGUCCUGCGCCGAGACGCAGCAACUCCUCGUCGACUCCAUCAAGAGCAUUUUGUCCAACCACAACCGCCAGCUGGCCGACGUCAAGCACCUCCUCAGAGCCAUGGCCAAGGACGAGGAGGCGGCGCUGGCCGACGGCGAAGACGUGGCCUACGAGGGCGGCGUGCGGCAUUAUCUGAUGGAGUACAAGGCGUGGCAGGACAACAUCCAGGUGGUCUUAUUCACCGUCAUCCAGGCCAGCGGGCAGCCCCGCAAUCGGGAGCAACUGGACUCGCUGGAGGAGAUCCCCGCCACCGUCAAGGAGCUGCGGUCCCAGAGUCAGAGCGUCUACAACGGCCUGGUGGGCUUUGCCUCCCCGCUGGUGACGGACAGAGAAAACGACUGCGCCAGCCCCGUGUCAGCGGCGCAGACCAGCUUUGCAGCCGCCGUUCGUUGCAGCGGCUUGAAGACCCAGCCGGAGUCCAUGUCCCAGAACGCGCGGAAGGUGCCGCCGCGCAACCCGGGGACCCCCACCGACACCCCGCCCAGCACGCUGAUCAACAGCAAAGGCCUCAACCCCAGCCCCAAAAGGGCCGCGCGAGACCCCAAAACGGGCAAAGCCGUCCAGGAGAGGAACUCGUACGCCGUCAGCGUGUGGAAGAGAGUGAAAGCCAAGCUGGAAGGCAGAGACGUGGAUCCCAACCGGAGGAUGAGUGUCAGCGAACAGGUGGACUUUGUCAUCAAGGACGCCACAAACUUGGACAACCUGGCCCAGCUUUACGAGGGCUGGACCGCCUGGGUGUGAACGCGCCGCCGCCGUCUUUCGCGUCUUUUGGUUCAGUGAAGGCUCGGAGAUCCACCCGAGUCCGGCUCGGGUCUCGGGUGUCAGAACAGCAGCACCGCAGCCACACUGCGAGGAGGAAAUGGAAAAGCGGAAGCUUCGCCCGCCCUCCCGACCUCCCGGGCACCCGUACCGGGAUAGCCACCCCGUAGCACCGCCGCCGCCACCACACUCCGCAAACAUGGGCGAUCGGGCCCGCGUAACGCUUGGCGGGUCAGCCGCCCCACCGCAUAUUCUGGGGCCCGACCGGGCAAAGCCGCCACGGACCGGGGGAAGGGCCGGGAAGGGGGGGUUGGAAGGCCUCCUCACCCUCACCUUUGCAGCCCACGCUCAACUUGUACCCCCAAAAAAUCACCGCGUCCCGUUGAGCUCGGCCCGAGUUCGGGGUGAAGCAUGAAGUGAGCCGUUUCCCCCCCCUGAAGCGCACCGCCGUCACGCUGCGGGUGUGGGGCGGGAGCGGGGGGGCGGGUUCUGCGGCGCCCUCGAUCUCACCAAUGACUCAUUUGCAUCGCUGCCCCCCCCUGUCCUCCCGAAACUCGGCGGCUACGCCAUAUUGAGGGCCACAAUGAAGAGAAUGAAGGUUCCUCAGGAUUCAUUUGGAGCGGAAAAGAGAAUCCAAAGUGUACUUUGCUUGUUCAAACCGUCAUCAGACUUGAGCCAAUAAAAAAAAAGAUGAUCAUUUGGAUGCGAUGGAUUUGCUCGCCGGAAUGCUUCUCGCUGCCCUUGUGCCGAGUUACAAGGUGCCACUGCUGAGGCGGGACAUCGAAAAGGUGAAUGUGGUUGGAAUGUGCUCAAAUAUUUCUCCCGUGUACGUCGUGAUUAGUCUGUGUUGUGUUCUGGAACUAUUUGAUCCUUCUUUACAAAUAAUCAAAUGUUUUGUUGUUGUUUUGGGACUCUUGGAAGUAGAAGCGCUUACUUUCACUCAUUUGCAGCAGCUGCCCAAGCCCAAUUGCUUGCAUUUUAUUCAUCCGACUUUCUGCUUUUACAUUUUUAGUGGGAGAUAUGCUUUUUUUUUUUUUGGGUGAUGGUGAAGAUGCUUUCUUAAAGCUUUUACUCCAUUUGUUGGACUCUAAAUAAACGUUGAAUUCCGAAGUCUCAUUUUGUAGAUGAUGCCGGUCGACUGAUGUAACCGCUGAGCGUAAAAAAGAUUUGAGAAAUGAGCAGAAAUUUCAAUCAAUAAAAAGGUGUUGAACUGGUCAUUUGCCAAUCAACUUGUCUAGAAGUGCAACAAUCAAAUUGAUUGACAGCUCAUCAGUUAUCAAAUUAAUGACCGAAAGACUUUGUCUUAAAAUUGUCCUAAAGCCUUUCAAUGUUAAUGUUCUCACAAGUCAUGAAAGUAUCCUGAUUACAACCGACAUUUUCUUUUUAAUCAGAGGUGCAAGUAAACUUCUUGACGGGGUUUUUUUGGGUGCCGAUUUUGAAUCUGCCCUCUUUUUUUGGGCAGGGGGCUUUUGUAUUGAGGUCAAAUUUAAAAACAAGAAAGUAUAGCCAUCCCCAGUUCGAAUUCGCCAUUGACCAGUGUUACCUUUUGAGGUUAAAAAAAAACAACAAAACCUUUUGCCCAAUUUCAGCCGUUACGGUGCAAAGUAAUUGAAAGAGAAUCACUUUGCCUUUUCCUGCACUGUCAUUGUGAAAUGUCUUGUUGAAUAAAUGGAUGGAAAUGAAA